AUGGCGACUCCUGGUGCUGGAAAGAAGCCCAUCCACUCACUUAUCCUGGAUACGGGCCCAUUGAUCAAGAAUACCGUCUCAAUAUCUACCAUCAUAAACGCCGCAGAAGAACUCUAUACCACCCCAGCUAUUCUCUCAGAAAUUCGCGAUGAAGCUACUCGAUCACGUGUCCAAACGACACUUGUGCCGUUCCUCAAGAUCCGCAACCCCAGUCCUGCAAGCUAUGACGCCGUCAUAGCAUUCAGUAAGAAGACGGGUGACUACCCAGUGCUAAGUAGGCAGGACUUGGGAAUCCUGGCGUUGGCGUACGAAGUGCACUGUGAGAGGAAUGGUGGUGAUUAUGGACUGCGGGCUGUACCUAAGGGGCCGAUCAAGAGAAGGGAGGGCGAAGAAGAGCCCGAGGAAGAAAAAGAACCAAAAGAGAAGAAGAAGAGGAAUAGGAGGAAUAAGGUCGCUGGGAAGGAGGAGGAAGAAGCGGCUGAAGUACCGGCGGAAGACGAGGGUUGGGAGCAGCCAAAGGGUAAGCGCGCUACGAAGGCUAGGGCGGCAAAGCCUGUGAAGUUCAAGUAUGAAGCUGCGCAAAAUUCGAAGACGCAAGAGGUCCAGGAUCAGCAGUCUAUCAGUGAUGGUACUGCUGCCGAGGCGACUGGAAAGCAGGAUGGCGUUGCCAUCGUCCCGGAGACCCUCAAGGAGCAGAACACAGUUGAACAACCAGACGUACAGGCCAACAUGGAGAAUACAGUCAAUGCUAACUCAGAGACGGUUAUCCUAUCGGAGAAUAUCACGAACGAGCCACAAUCAACAGACGCUCCUGCAGACAAUCUGGCCGAGCAAUUGGAGGCUACCACCAUUUCUGAGCCCACAGUCAAAGAAGCACAGCCCGCUGCCACAGAACAACACUCAGAAGAACCAUUCUCAGAACCUGAUUAUGAAGAAGUCUACGACGCCACAGACUCCGACUCCGAAGCUGAACCAGAGCACAUCGCCACGGCGGAAGAAAUCGCCGCUCACAACACAGCAAACCCGCUCCCCGUCGCACCUAGAGCGACCUCCUCCAUCACCACCCAACAACCCACUCCACCCCACAGUGACCACGCCUCGGAUGACUCCGACGGCGACUGGAUAACGCCCUCGAACCUUCCGGUCCACCAAGUCAAGGACUCAAUCCUCGCAUCCUCCCUCCGCACAACCCCCACCCCCCAAACUGACGUGGCAACCAUGACCAUCGACUUUGCCAUGCAAAACGUGCUCCUACAGAUGAACCUGCACCUCCUCUCCACCAACCUCCAACGCAUCAAAACGAUAAAGACCAAAGUCCUCCGCUGCCACGCCUGCUUCUUCAUCUGCCACGACACCGCCAAAACCUUUUGCCCCCGCUGCGGUCAACCCUCUCUGACCCGCGUCUCCUGCAGCACCAAUGCAAACGGCGCUUUCACCAUCCACCUCAGUCGCAACUACCAGUACAACAAGCGUGGCGAUCGCUUCAGCGUGCCGAAACCCAUUGCGGGUACGGCGAAUGGCAAGUGGAAGCAUGGCCAGGGCGGGGGCAAGGGUGGGUGGGGUAGAGAGCUGAUUUUCGCAGAGGAUCAGAAGGAGUUCGAGAAGAAGAUGGUGGAGGAGAAGAGGAGGCGGGUGAGGGAUGGGAUGGAUGGGGAUUUCUUGCCGGGCUUGUUGACGGGGGAGAGGAGUGCGGGGGGAAGUGGGAGGGUUAGGGUGGGGGGCGGGAAGAAUGUUAAUGCUAGGAAGAGAUAG